UCUUAAACAUGAAGACUACAUUGGUUUUGGCACUAUUGAGCUUCGUUGCUCUUACUGUUUACGCCCAAGGGCCUGAACCUGAACCUACUCGCGAACCUGAGCCAGAGCCUGACAAUGAAUUUGAAUGCGACGCCUGUAUAACAUUCGCAACUGUUAUCAAGGAUUACGUCGAAGAGAAAAUUCCUGUGGACGAAAUUGAAAGAGACGCAGACAGAUUAUGUGCUGUUUUAUCAGGUGAAUUGAGAGACUUCUGCGAACAUGAAAUGAUUCCAAAAGUUGACAAAAUUUUCGAAGAGCUGAUCGAACAUUCACCUGAUGAUGUGUGCGAACAUUUACAUUAUUGUGGGAAAUAAAUACUUGUUAGUAUGUACAUAUCUUUAAAAAAUGCAAAAUAAAAUUAUAAAUAGUAAUCUUGUUUUUUU